CAGAAGAUACUCGUGGUUAUGCGACUAUUUUGCAUUACACUGGGUCUGCUCUGCGCCUCAGAAGGAGUCUUGAUGCCUGUUACCAGAGAAGGAGGAAUAAAGAUCGCGCUGAACUCAACGAGCUGUGGCGAAGGCGCUUCCCUGGUAAGAAGCGGUGGUCUGUGCUUGGUGCUUACCUCCCGUCCAGAAGAGCUCAAACUUCGGAGAGAUCGUGAAAGCCGGUUGUGCAUCAAGAGAAAGUUUUGUUACGGCACUUGGAGGUAACGGCGAGCAUGACUGAAGAAAGGCAGCGAUCUGAUUGGACGAGGGAGCCCCUGCAGUAAUCGCUGCCCUCCUGCGGUCACCCCGAGACAGAUUGGUAGUGGGAUGGCGAGGAAGGUCAGCUUCAGCGACUUGGAGGAAAUGGAAGCUGCAAUAGAGAGUCCCUUAAGUCCCAUGGACGAAAACCUUGUCCACGACUCCUUCAGCCAGCUGAUCGAGGAGCAGAGCCACAGCAUGGACGAGGAGGGUCAGGAGGUCAUCGAGAUGGAUGACAUUCUGGGGGAGGGGCGAGAUAAUCCGGCCUACCUGUCCUCUCCGGCCCGGCACGGCAGGGAUGAGCCGGGGGAGAGGGAGCUCCCCGUCACCGGGGGCGCGCGAGAUGGGGACCCCCUGAUGAGCGAGCACUUCUCCGCCGCCACUCUCAGGGUGCUGUCGGCCAUGCCCAGCCGCACCAUCGGGCGCAACCGCGGUGCCAUCAUCUCGCAGUACUACAACCGCACCCUGCAGCUGCGCCGCCGCCACCAGAGCCGGCCCUCCAUCCGGGACUUCUCCCACUCCUCCCGGCCCAGCAUCCGCGGAUACGGAGUGGCGGUGGGCGAGGACGAGGACGCUCUAAAGACGGAGCGUCUGAUCAGCAACCUGAAGAGCCUGCCAGCCAGUGAUCGGGCGCGCACGCUGCGGACCAUGCCCCUCAGCCUGAGCGAGAAGUCUGAGCUCCGGAAACUGGCCUGUAACUAUAAAGGAGGGCACUCUGUUUCCCGCAGUGAGAUUCCGUGCUGCAGCCACAUCAAGAGUUAUUUCAUCAUUGGCCUGCGGCAAGGCUGGUCCAGCUGGCUGGCCUUCCUGCGCCGCCUGCAGCUGUGGCAGGUGGCGCUGAAGCAGCUGGGCGGCCGCUUCGGGACGGGCGUGCUCUCCUACUUCGUCUUCCUCAGGACCCUGCUGCUCUUCAACGUCUUCCUCUUCCUCGUCAACACCUUCUUCCUAGUCAUCCCGCAGGUGGUCCACCGGCCCCCGGAUGUCAGGAACAGAUCCUUCCUGGGCCUGGAGCUGCUCACGGGGGCGGGCUACUUUACAGAUACUGUGAUGUUUUAUGGCUACUACACCAACUCUACCUUGAACAGCAGCUAUAGCCCUGCAGCCGGAGGCUCUGAUGAGAAAAGGGUGCCCUACAACAUGCCUCUGGCCUACUUCUUCACUAUUGGCAUCUCGUUCUUUAUCACCUGCAUCAUCCUUGUCUUCAGCAUGUCGAAGUCUUUCGGUGAAAGCUACCGCAUAGACACCCCUCACGGUGACUUGGCGAUGAAGGUGUUCUGUUCCUGGGAUUUUAAAGUCAUUAAGAAGAGCUCUGUAAAGCUGCAGUGUGAGAACAUCAGCACUCAGCUGAAGGAGCUGCUGUCAGAGCUGGCCCUCAGGAGGAACAAGACAAGCCUGCUUCAGAGGCUGGCGUGGGUGAUGGUGCACAUGCUGGCCUGGGCAAUGUGCCUGGGAGUCACACUGGGCUGUGUCCUGGCCACGUACUACUUCUCUGAUUACAUGCACCAGGACCUGAGGACGAGGACACGAAAUGUUGACCAGAACAGCAGGCCAGAGGGUCUCCUGCUGCAAGAAGCCAGUCUGCUAGCUCUGCCUGUGGUGGUUUCCAGUAUUAACCUGCUGGUACCGGGCUUCUUCAACACAGUAGCCUGGAUGGAGGAGUUCAGCUCACCCAGUAUGCACACCUAUGUCGCCACCUUCAGGAACCUGGUGCUGAAAGUGAGCUUGCUGGGAGUGCUGUGUUACCACUGGCUGAGAAACAUUGCCAAGAACCCACAGAGUGUGAACUUGGAGUGCUGGGAGACCUUUGUUGGACAGGAGCUGUAUCGCUUUUUACUGAUGGAUUUCAUCUUCACCUUACUGGAUACCCUCUUUGGGGAAUUCCUCUGGAAGCUGUUUUCUCAGAGAGCGCUGAAGAGGAAGAGGAAACCCGAGUUCGACAUUGCCCGUAAUGUGCUGGAACUUAUCUACGGGCAGACACUAGCCUGGUUGGGUGUGCUGUUUUCCCCCUUACUUCCUGCUAUGCAGAUUAUCAAACUACUGCUUUUAUUUUAUAUUAAAAAGACCAGUCUGAUGAUGAACUGCCAAUCUCCGAGGAAGCCGUGGAGGGCCAGUCAGAUGACCACCAUCUUCAUCAGCCUGCUGUGUUUCCCCUCUUUCCUAGGGGCCGCGGUCACUGUCACGUACACCUUCUGGGCGAUCAAGCCCUCUGAGAGCUGUGGGCCUUUCCGUGGUCUGAACAGCAUGUUUCAGUCGGGGAAGAAGUGGGCUGAGAAGCUCAAGAGCACCAAUCCAGACCUGGCCUGGCUCGCCUGGGUGCACACGUACCUGGUGGAGAACCCCCUGUUCCUCUUCAUUGCAGGGGGCAUCUUCCUAGUUGUUAUUUAUUUCCACACACAAGUCGUGGAUGGCCAAAGGAAAAUAAUCAGUUUGCUUCAAGAACAGAUAGAAAAUGAGGGAGAGGACAAAAAGUUCCUUAUUACAAAACUGCAGGUGAUUCACGAGCAGAAGAGGCCAGUAUCUGGGAGGAGGUUGAAUAUUAGAAGCAGUCAGGACUCCUAGCUGGGGAAAGGGAAAUGAUUUGUUCCGAGCACCCUAAACUUGCCCCUUGCCACUGUUAAAGUCGGUUUACUUAAAAGAGAAGCUGCCUGGCUGACUGGAAGAUAAUAAAAUGUGAACUGCGCCUGCGUAAUGUGAACCGGAGUCACAAAGCAAAUCAUAUCGACCUUUGGAAUACCUGCAUUAUUCUGCUCUUUACAAACAGGAACAGGAAACAAGCUGAGGCAGAACAUGUCAGAAAUCUGCACAGGUUACAGACCAGAUGGUUAAGGGUGUUGUCUGGACUUCCUUGUAUGUGCCGAAGGGAGAUGGCCCACUUUUGAGUAGCAGGUGUAAAGAAUGAAUGGCUUUUUCUGAUGUUCGGGAACUGGUGCAUUAUAUUAGACCAAUUGUUAUUUCUAGCACAGCAGACCCGUUCUUCCUCCUACAGACUGCAGCCUCUUCAAGAAAAAUGAAUUUCUGGUUACCCAGUCCAGAGAAACUUGAGUGAAGAAGGUAGAUGAAUUCUGGCAAAUGAUAGGACUUUUGGCUGUUGUGUCACAUUGUUGAGCACCAUCAGUAAAACCUAUGAGCCAGUAUAUCGUACUUCACCAAGGUUUGGACAUUUCAGGGCGCAAGACUACAGAAAUCCAACUUGUGAUGUGUAGGGACUGAAUAUACACAAAACUCAAUAAGGAUUAACCACUAGAAUAUUAAAACAAAUCCCAUCUAAAUAGCUUAUUGUACUUUAUUUAUUUUUAUUGUGUUUUAUACAGGGUCUGGUU